AAACACUGGUAUAGCCUUGUCCGUAAUGUUGUACUAUGCUGAGUGUCCGGGUUUAGAGGUUGAGGAGUGGGAAUUUUGACAGCUGGACUGCCUGUCCUCAGCCCCGUGUGAAGACUUGAUUAGGAUCUCUCAGGUUGACCAGACAGCAGGAAGUUAAAAGAAAACAGUGAAUUUUACGGGUGGAUUAUAACACGACAUCCGGUCACAGGUCAUUGAUUUCAUACCGUAAAUCUCUCGAGGUGUUCGUCUGACAUGUGUAAUAGAGAUUUAAACAAUUCGCCAUGUAAACAAAUUAGAAAUCUGUGAUUGAAAGAAAAGGAAAAAUGAAAAGAGAAAAAAUGUGACGCCAGACGGCGAAGUCUGGCUGUGUUUUUUACUCUGGAAUUUAUUGUUCUUUUGAUGGACUAUGCGCCUCACGUACCGAUAUAUAGUGGCGUGUGUUGCGGUCAUCCUGUUGGUUUGUACGUACCAGGUUUACAUUUUGUCUCGCAAUGGUUCCUUCCUUAGACUACCGAAGACCAGAAAACGAACAGACGUUGUGUCGGUUGCGAGAUCUGGUUCGAUUCUCGGCAAUGACACACGAAAAGACAAGGGCAAGGUUUCAAAAGGUGUGAUCGUGUCCAUAACAGCUGAGGAAUAUAGACAAAAUCCAAAACUCAAAACAGGAAAUCCACUUAUAGACGAUUAUGGAGAAAAUGAUCUCACGAAGACGGGGGAAAUGGGGCGGGGUGUCACGUUCGUGGGGAAGGAGAAGACUGCGGCGGCGAAGAGAAUGCAGCUCUACAACAUCAAUGUGAUGGCCAGUGACCUCAUUCCACUGAAUAGGCUGGUCCCCGACUCAAGGCCGCCAGAAUGUAAGAGUCGGACUUACGAACACGAUCUCCCGACUACCAGUAUUAUAAUUCCGUACUUUGACGAGUGGCCUUCCGUCCUUCUCCGAUCUCUAUACAGCAUUGUCAAUCGAACACCCCGACACUUACUGCAGGAAAUAAUCCUCAUCGACGACGCCAGCACAAUGCCUGAAUUAAAAGAAUCUCUCGAGGACUACUUAGACAAACACUUUCCUAAAGGUCUCAUCCGGGUUCUACGUAAUACUGAACGUAAGGGUUUGAUAGCAGCCCGUCUCCAGGGGUGGAGGAUCUCCAAAGGUCAAGUCGUGUCCUUCUUUGACAGUCACAUGGAGGUCAACGAGAACUGGUUACAGCCGCUCCUUACAGAGAUUAAAAAGGACCGUAAAACAGUUGCCAUGGGAGUGCUGGAUUACGUCAACGCUGAAACGCUGGAGUACCGCUUCAAUGACGGUUAUAUGACGCGAUACGGCUUUGAUUGGAGAAUGGUUUUCUUUGAAACUUUCUUUAGACAAGACCAAGUUGGAAAAACAGAGGCGGAUACCAGACCCGGUACCGUGAUGGUGGGAGCUGCCUACGCCAUUGACAGUAAAUAUUUCGGGGAGAUUGGAUCGUACGACGAGGGGAUGAAAGUGUGGGGAGGGGAAAACCUGGAAAUGUCAUGGAGGGUGUGGAUGUGUGGGGGUAGACUGGUCCAUCUCCCUUGUUCUCACCUGGGCCACAUCCCCCGGUCCCAGCCCUACUCCUUCCCUGGAGGAAGGAGAACCAUUGAGGUGUAUAACUACAAGAGGGCGGUAGAGGUGUGGGUGGACCCGGAGUAUAGGGGCUUCAUCUAUGACCACUUUGACGAAAUGAAGACUCUUGACGCUGGGGACUUGAGUCCCAGACUUCAGUUGAAGAAGGACCUCCAUUGUAAAAAUUUCACGUGGUUUAUCGACAACGUCUGGCCGGAACUGUUCAUCUUCAACAGAAAUGUCCAGGCCUGGGGAUCGUUGCGCAAUGUGAAUGACAAUAAAUGCUUUGACAAUCAUCAGUAUCUGUUCCAAGCCCCUGAGCGUCUUUUCUUUGAACCGUGCCAUUUUAAACUUGCUACGCAGGGAUUUUCUCUGACAAAAGAUAAUUUACUAAGGACUUCCUUACAAUGCGUGGUGCUAAAGGAAAAUCAAGAUGGGGCUCGUCCGAUGUUAGAGGACUGCAUUAUAGGUCCCAGGGAUAAGUGGACCCACACUAAGAACAGCUAUAUUCGACAUGAAAGGACUGGACUGUGUUUGGACGUGGAUCCAGCGGGAGUGGUAGCGAAAAAAUGCACGCCGGGAAUAAAAACACAGCAAUGGCAGUUCAAUUACUAUGUUUGACAAAAACAAAGACUUAAGUUCAUUUAUACAAUUUCAAUGUACAUACCAUUCAACAUGUUUUAUUGUUAAUUGUAAAAAGUUACGAAGUUUUUACAGCUCUCUGGAUGUACAUAAGUCAUAACGCAUAAAUUAUUAUGUGUAUGUCUUAAUUUUAUUUGCAAUGAAUGUGGCCAAACUGAAAGUUUAUCAAACAGUGUAGACACUUCGGUGCGAUUGGUUGAUGACACACAUGUGAUUCAUUGAUGACAAAGAUGUGAUUGGUUGAUUUUGAUGAGAGUGAUGUGAUUGGUUGAUGACACAAAAACUAUUUUUGAUUAUAAAUCGUUUUAUAGGGUAAAUGUGGAUAUGUUAUUGUGUUUCAAGUUUUAAUCAUAUUAGUGGGUAAAUGUGGAGAAGGUUUUUUGUGUUCAAUGUUUGAGGGCAUAAUAAUUUAGGAAAUUGCUCAUAAUUUAACGGCAUCAUGUCUAACGGUUGAGUGUGUAUGUACAGGGUGUGUGUGCGUGUGACUUUGGAUGUUUGUAGUCUUUGGGUAAGGAUAAAUUGAGGUUACUUUUAAAGUUUUAUUUGGCAUUAGACACGAUUUGUGGUUUUUAUUGUGACAUGCUGAAUUUUUCUUUAAAAAAUUAUGAUAAGGAUAAUUUUAAGCAAUGAUUUUUCAUCCUUUUGAAUUAUUCAUAAGAUGAGUGUUAAAUUACCUUUUAACUACAAUCAUGUUUACAUUUAAUUUUAAGUAUUUACUUGUGCCAUGUAGUGUAUUUGAAUUUGAAAUUUGUUUCUAGUUGUUUAAUGAGGAAAUAAUUCCUUGUUGGUAUGAUUCAUGAUUAGAAUCUUAAUUAAAUGAUUUUAAUAAAAUCUAGAAAUCCUGA